GUGGAUUCAACUUUCAAGGAUGUUUAUUAGGGGUCAUCAGAUCCUGACCUGGUCUUGUCCCAUAAGGCCACUGCUGCUAUUGAGAGAGUCUCAUCUAACUGCGUUUUCUGAGCUUUCUGGUGCAGGAUGGCAUGCUGCAAGAGAGCUGAAGGAAAGGAGAUAUGAGGGGUCAUCAUUAUCCACAAAGACUGUAUCCUGUUCAACACAGCUGUCUUGUUGUAGCUUGGACUGUGGUAACCAUCACCUGAGAGAGGCCUCUUUUCAAAACCUCACAUCCAAAGCCCUUUUGCCCAGCUGUCAGCCACAAACCCCUCAGGUUUCUGCUUCUGGAAAGUCCAAACUAGCAUCUAAUCCAUGGAAGUGCACUGUAGUGGAAAAUUUAGCUCAAAACCCCAAAGCUGUGAGUGCUUACCAGGACUGUUUAACAAACACCACUUGCCUUCAGCCCUGGAAAAGGCCUUGGCACAUUUGCCAACCUUCACACAGUUUCACCAAUAAGGCUCACUCGUGUACUUAUCUUCAAAGCCAUUUAUAUUACAGACAGCACUGUGUAAGACCUUUCAGCUCGUCCACACUGAAGCCAUGGAUUUUGAAAAACUUUCACAGUAGAUCACAAACCAGAGCUCUUCAUCAGACUGCUCCUCACAUGGUUGACGCAUGGAGAGAUUGUCUAUCCCUGGAGAAUGAAAACAGGUGCCGACUGAGCCUAGAACCCAACUUGAAGCACUAUGAAGUGGAAAAGGGGAGAAAAGGGGCAAGUCAAAGCCAGGGGAAGAACCAGGGGAAAUGGGCUUCCGUCCUGGUCUCACUUUGCUCUGUUGAGGGGGAACCAGCAUUUCUCUUCACCCUGCGCUCCAGCACACUGAAGGGCAGGCACAAGGGAGAUGUCAGCUUUGCAGGAGGGAAGAGUGAUCCGUCAGACAGAGAUGUUGUUGCCACAGCAUUGAGAGAAGCCCGGGAGGAGCUGGGUGUUAAUGUGGCAACAGAUCGGGUCUGGGGGGUCCUUAAGCCUCUCAGGGACAUGUCAGGGAUGAUGAUUGCUCCUGUGCUAGCUAACCUCGGUCCUUUAGAGGAAUUGUCCUUCAAACCAAACCCUGGAGAGGUGGAGGAGAUCUUCACAUUGUCCUUGUCCCACUUAUGCAACCCUCGGAACCGCGGCUACACACACUUCCGCACCGGUGACAAGUAUGGAUACACACUCCCUGUGUUUCGUAACGGGAAGCAUCGAGUGUGGGGCCUGACAGCUAUCGCUCUAGAGCAGACCCUGAAGCUUAUUGUCCCAUCGUAACAACCGCUUUAAUCACAGCUCUGCUAAAGCAUACCCAUCAUGUGAUUCAAAGAUUUGAUUGUGACUAAUGUGAAAUCAAGCUUCAUGUAGCAAAACCAUGAAAGGAAUCAGAGAGAAUACAAAAUAGGUGUUUAUUCACCCAUUCUCAUUCAUAAAGCUAUAUUUAUUUCCUUCCUGGGAAUUUCUCAGAAAGGAGA